AGGUCAUCCUCGCGGGCCGCCAUUGGCCGGGCGGCUGUCACCCAUGGAGGCUCCGACGCCAGCGAGGCGGAGAGAAGACAAGCCGGAGAGCAGCUCCCGUUAGCGGCUUCGUCCUAGCUCGUCUCUCCCCGCGCCCAAACAGCCCAGUUGGCGACAUUGGACGUCUUUUAGGAGCUCUGACAGUCGCCACAUCUGCUUCUUCCGGAGGGGAUCCUGGAGACUCUGCACCCGCCUUUGGCCCACCGCGGGCGGCUCUCGGAUGACUGAACGCCGGCUGGACCUGGUUCUUCUUCUCCCUGCCAUUAUUAUUAUUAUUAUUAUUACUGACAUUGUUGAGGAUGUCGGAGCCGAGAAGACGCCUGCAUGUUGUCGAGUGAGGCAGAAAGUCAAGAUAGUCGCAGACUAAAGUGUGUGUAAUGUGUGUAGUGUGUGCGCCCGUGUGCGCAUGCGCGGCGGCCUACGUCAAGUCGAGGUGAGGAAGGAGAGAUGCCCGGGGACCAGCACCAGAGUCCAGCCAAGUUGGGACUGAUGAUGAAGAUGAAGGAGGAGGAGGAGGUGUGACAAUUGAAAAUCUAUUAUUCAUGUCUCUGUGGGGAGCAGCAGUGGUGUUGUCGCGGCCCAGAUGACACACGAGUCCUCCUACAUCUCAGCCAUGGAGUCGCACUAGGAGCCUUCUGAAGGAUGGGCUGUGCCUCCAGUAUCCACAUCUCCGACAGGGUGGUCUACCACACGGGGAAGGAGUCCGAGGACUCACCCUCGCCCCAGCAGACCGCUCAGCAGCAAGGAAAUCCUGUCUCGGGUCUGCCUGUUAAAGCCCUGAGCUGCAAGAGCACAUUGACACAGGUGCAGUUUGGACCAAUGAAGUUACUUCAAGACUCACUUCAGGUACUUUUAGUUUUUGCCAAAGAGGACAGUCAGAGCAGCGCCUUCUGCUGGGCGUGUGAGCGAGCCAACUACAGCUGCAGCCUGGCACGCACGCCCGAGUCCGCCCUCCAGUGCUUCGCCCAAAAACACCACCACCUCGUCCUCAUCGACCACCGACAUUCCAGACACUUUGACGCUGAAGCACUGUGCCGGUCCAUGAGAGCACUCAGCUGUGCAGAAAACACUGUGAUGGUGGCCGUAGUCAGAAGGCCGGACAGAGAGGACGUGUCCAUCAUGCCACUGAUCAAUGCUGGCUUCAACAGGAGAUAUGUGGAGAAUGCCAACAUGAUGACUUGUUACAACGAGCUGCUGCAGCUGCAACACGGAGAGCUGCUGGCACACCUCAAACUCAGAGCUGCAGCCUCCAUCUUCACAGCUCUGGAACAAAGUCAGGAGGCCGUCCAGAUCAUUUCUGAAGAUCAAGUCAUUCAGUAUGUGAACCCUGCCUACGAGUCCAUGAUGGGGUACCAGCAAGAGGAACUCAUCGGGAAGGAAAUAAUAGAAGUGCCUAAAAGUGAGAAGAACAAACCUGAUCUCCUUGAAACCAUAAACUCCUGCAUCCACCAAGGAAAGGAGUGGCAGGGUGUGUACUAUGCCAAAAAGAAGGAUGGAGAGAGCAUCCAACAAAAUGUGAAGAUCACACCUGUGCUGGGACAGGGAGGGAAGAUCAGACACUACGUGUCCAUCAACACACCUUUACAUGACAACAAUAAGAGCGACAUACCAAGUCAACGAGUGCAAGCUGAGUCUCAAACAGACAUGCAAGGCAAGAAGCAGAAAGAGCGAAGGAAAGGUUCUCUGGACGUCAGGUCCACCACGUCUCGAGGCAGCGAUGGAAGUUCCCAGAGGAGACACUCGUCCAUGGCCAGGAUCCACUCCAUGACCAUCGAGGCCCCCAUCACCAAGGUGAUCAACAUCAUCAACGCGGCCCAGGAGACCAGUUCCAUGCCUGUGGCCGAGGCCUUGGAUCGGGUUCUUGAGAUCCUGAGGACCGCAGAACUGUACUCUCCUCAGCUCGGCACCAAGGAUGAGGAUCCGCAUACCAAUGACCUCGUUGGUGGACUCAUGAUGGAUGGAUUACGCAGACUGUCAGGAAACGAGUACAUCUUCUCUGCAAAACAGCUGCAUCACAUCCCCAGUCAGCUGAGCGCUCCUCUUUCCCUCAACGACAUUCCUCCUCACAUCGCUCAGACCAUGGAGAGCGAGGACUGCUGGGACUUUGACAUCUUCAACUUGGAAGCUGCCACCAUGAAACGACCUUUGACCUUCUUAGGUUUGAAGAUCUUCUCUCGGUUUGGAGUGUGUGAGCACCUCAACUGUCCUGAGAAUGUUCUGCGCUCCUGGUUGUCCAAGAUCGAGUCCAACUACCACUCUUCCAACUCCUACCACAACUCCUCCCACGCCGCCGACGUGCUGCACGCCACCGCCUACUUCCUGUGCAAGGACAGAGUCAAGCAAAGCCUGGAGCCGAUGGACGAGGUGGCGGCGCUGAUUGCGGCCAGCGUGCACGACGUGGACCACCCGGGCCGCACCAACAGCUUCCUGUGCAACGCAGGAAGUGAGCUGGCCAUCCUGUACAACGACACGGCGGUGCUGGAGAGUCACCACGCCGCGCUCGCAUUCCAGAUCUCCACCAGAGACGACAAGUGCAACAUCUUCAAGAACAUGGACAGGAGUGAGUACCGCACGCUGAGACAGUCCAUCAUCGACAUGGUCCUGGCCACAGAGAUGACAAAACACUUUGAACACGUCAACAAGUUUGUCAACAGCAUCAACAAACCUCUGGCAGCUCUGGACGACAACCUGGACUCCGAAGAGUGUGUGAAGAGCAUUGUGAGGUCUCCUGAGAACCGCAUCCUGGUGAAGAGGAUGCUCAUCAAGUGUGCUGACAUCUCCAACCCCUGCAGACCUCUGCAGCUCUGCAUCCAGUGGGCGGGGCGCAUCUCAGAGGAGUACUUUGCACAGACGGAGGAGGAGAAGAGACAAAGUCUUCCUGUGGUGAUGCCCGUCUUUGACAGGAAGACUUGUAGCAUCCCCAAGUCCCAGAUCUCCUUCAUCGACUACUUCAUCACCGACAUGUUCGACGCCUGGGAUGCUUUCGCAGACCUCCCCAACCUGAUGCAACACCUGGACAACAACUUCAAGUACUGGAAAGGAUUGGACGAGCAAAAGCUUCACAGUCUGCGAGCUCCUUCAGAAUAAAAGCGCAUGUAUGAGACACGCAGCUGGACUCCAGAGCCGGUCUGAGGAGAAGAAAGCAAACCUUUGGAACCGGACACACCUGUCGGACGAGGUCAGGACACGGACACACCUGUCGGAGGAGGUCAGGACACGGACACACCUGUCGGACAGACGUGAUGGAUUAGUUUCACUUUCACUUUUCAUACAUGAACUCUCCCGCCUGUGAAGAAGAUGAGGAUGAUGACGAGGAAGAGAGUGCACAGGUGCUCUUCCUGGUCCUGCAGUCAUGUGCACUCACAGAGCAGGACUGCUCCCUCUGCCCCUAGUGGACCAAAUAUGAAUGACACUUCAACAUGUCUGCUUUGUCCUGCAGGGAUGUGACCCUGAAGGCAUCACGCAUGAUUGGCUGUAUCAUCAGUUGUCUUCUUCUUAGUCAUCAGAGUGAGGAGAACUUCAGUUGUCUUCUUCUUAGUCAUCAGAGUGAGGAGAAGAUGAGUUCCUAUUCCUCCAACUUGAUCGGACCAGAGUGAGUGUCAGACACAUGAAGAUGAUCACAUGAAUUUUUGUAUGCUACUGAAAGAACUGCCUUAUUUUCUACACUAUUUAUACCUGCAGGGGGUUAGGUCAGGUUCUCAUCUUUUUCUAGACUUUUACACUGGACUUGCAGAGACAUGAAGAUGAGCAGGAAGCAAAUGUUUUCUUUUUGCUGCCAUCUUCUUCACGUCCUUGCUUCCACAACAUUUACAAAAUAUUCAAUGACAAAUAAAAUGAAAUCAUUCAAUUA